AUGGAUGGGCUGGGUUUGGUGGCUAUUGACUGUCCUCCAGAAGCAGGUGAUUUUCGUGCUCAGCAGUGCUCAGCUCAUAACGAUGUCAAGUAUCAGGGACAGUUUUAUGAGUGGCUUCCUGUCUCUAACGAUCCUGACAACCCAUGCUCGCUGAAGUGCCAGGCGAGAGGAGCAGCUUUGGUUGUAGAGCUGGCACCAAAGGUUCUGGAUGGGACCCGAUGCUACACUGAAUCCCUGGAUAUGUGCAUCAGCGGCUUGUGCCAAGUUGUUGGCUGUGACCGUCAGCUGGGAAGCACUGUCAAGGAAGAUAACUGUGGGGUCUGCAAUGGUGAUGGAUCCACCUGCCGGCUGGUUCGAGGCCAGUAUAAGUCCCAGCUCUCAGCAAAUAAAAUGGUCGAUACAGUGGUUGCUAUUCCCUAUGGAAGCAGACAUAUUCGCCUCGUGCUGAAAGGUCCCGAUCAUUUAUAUUUGGAAACCAAGACUCUCCAAGGUGUUAAGGGUGAAAACAACCUCAGCUCCACAGGUUCCUUCAUUGUGGACAAUUCUAGCAUUGACUUCCAGAAGUUUCCAGACAAGGAGAUACUGAAAAUAUCUGGGCCUCUCACUGCAGACUUCACUAUCAAGGUGAGGGUCAUCAACCAAAUAUGGGAAAGUACACCCUGGACUGCCUGCUCCUCAUCCUGCGGAGGGGGCAUUCAAAGCCGCAGUGUCUCCUGUGUGGAGGAAGACAUUCAAGGGCAUAUUAGCCCCGUGGAAGAAUGGAAAUGCAUGUACACUCCAAAGAUGCCUCUUGUCCAACCUUGCAAUAUAUUUGACUGCCCAAAGUGGCUUGCUCAGGAAUGGUCACCGUGCACUGUGACCUGUGGACAAGGGCUCAGAUAUCGUGUGGUCCUUUGCAUUGAUCACAGGGGGAUGCAUACAGGAGGCUGUAGCUCUAAAACAAAGCCACACAUAAAAGAGGAAUGCAUCGUACCCACUCCUUGUUACAAACCCAAAGAGAAACUUCCCGUGGAAGCAAAGUUGCCGUGGUACAAACAAGCUCAAGAGCUGGAAGAAGGAGCAGUGGUGUCCGAAGAACCUUCGUUUAUUCCUGAGGCUUGGUCCUCCUGUAGUGUCACCUGUGGAGUGGGCAGCCAGGUGCGGCUUGUGAAAUGUCAAGUGCUUCUGUCUUUCUCUCAGUCUGUGGCUGACUUGCCCAUUGAUGAAUGUGAAGGUCCCAAACCCGUGUCUCAGAGAGCCUGUUACAGUGGUCCUUGCAAUGGAGAAGCAGCCGAAUAUACCCCUGAAGAAACGGAUCUGCUGUAUGGUAGAUUGCAGGAAUUCGAUGAGCUCUACGACUGGGAAUAUGAGGGCUUCACUGAGUGUUCAGAGUCUUGUGGAGGAGGUGUCCAGGAGGCUGUAGUGACCUGCCUGAACAAGCAAACCAGGGAGACUGCAGAUGAGACUCAGUGUGUAACGAGCCGCCGUCCUCCACAGCUGCUGAAAGCCUGUAGUCUGGACCCCUGCCCUCCAAGAUGGGAAAUUGGGAAAUGGAACACCUGCAGUCUUACAUGUGGGGUUGGAUUGCAGACACGAGAUGUCUUCUGUUCUCACCUACUAUCAAGAGAAAGUAAUGAGACCGUGAUUUUAGCUGAUGAAUUGUGCCAGAAACCUAAACCAUCGCUUGUACAAGCCUGUAAUCGCUUUGAUUGCCCACCCUCCUGGUAUACUACAGAAUGGCAAGAGUGUUCACAGACAUGUGGAGGUGGUGUCCAGAAGCGAGAUAUACUUUGCAAGCAGCGUCUAGCAGAUGGAAGCUUGCUAGAGCUGCCAGAAACCUUCUGCUCCAUGCCGAAGCUGGUUUCCCAGCAAACCUGCAAAAAUGAGGACUGUCCUAAUGAGUGGCUUCUUUCUGACUGGUCACAGUGUUCAGUGAGUUGUGGAGAGGGGACCCAGAGUCGAAAUGCUAUUUGCAGAAAGAUACUGAAAACUGGGGGUUCUAUCAUCAUUAAUUCCUCCCUGUGCCCACCUCUGCCAUUCUCAUCCUUGCUCAGGCCCUGUGCGCUAGCAACCUGUGCAAGGCACAACAGGCCAGCUCAUAAGCAAAGUCCUCAUAUUAUGGCCGCAAAGAAAGUUUACAUCCAGACAAGGAAGCAGAAGAAGCUACACUUUAUUGUGGGUGGGUAUGCCUACCUGCUGCCCAAAACCUCCGUUAUUCUCCGAUGCCCCACAAGGAGGUUCCGGAAGUCAAUGAUCUUCUGGGAGAAGGAUAACAAGAGGCUCAUCAGCUCAGCUCACAUCACUAUUGCACCCUAUGGGUACAUGAAAAUCCAUCGUUUGAAGCCUUCAGACACUGGGAUAUAUACCUGCAUAGCAGGGCCAGCCCAGGAGCAUUUUGUAAUUAAACUAAUAGGAAGCAACAAAAAUCUCAUUGCUGGGCAGCCAGCUGGGAUUAGGGAGGAAGAGGCCAUGAGAAAGACCAGUCUAAAUGAAGCCUUGCGAACACAGGAGAAACAUAUCAAUGGGAUUCUCUUCAAUGGGAGCAAGACUGAAAAGCGAGGGCAUCUCACUGACCCUAGUGGCUGGUAUGACAAUAUUGUCUCAAGGUUGCUACAGCACAAGGGCUGGCCAGGGGGAAAUCUGGAAUUCUGGGAAGCCCAGGAGUCCACAGAGAGAAAUGUGUCCUCAGAGGAAGACCAGAGCCAGGAGUAUAGCCUGCCAUAUACUAUGGUCACAGAGCAGAAACGGUUGGAUGAUAUUAUAAGGAAUUUAUCUCAGCAACCUGAGGAGCUUAAAGAUAUUUACACUGAGCAGCUUAUUGUACAGCUGAUUCAUGAGAUUUUCAAGAACCACUUGGAGCAUCAGGAAUCUGUCCUCAAAGCAUCAAGACGAAGAGUAGAUUCAGCUUCCAUGGAAUACCCUUUCCACAGACAUGUUUCUGGAUUUACCAGCUCCCUGAGGACAUCAUCUGCUGAAGCAUUUCUUCCCACCUCUAUGAACCCAACGAAUGGCUUGCACAGCCCUCAUCAAAAGCCUGCGAUCCUCCGAAAGAUUUCAGCAGCACAACAGCUUUCUGCUUCAGAGGUUGUCACCCACCUGGGACAGACAGUGGUUCUAGCCAGUGGCACACUGAGUGUGCUGCUUCACUGCGAAGCAGUGGGAAACCCAAAGCCCACCAUCAGCUGGGCUAAGAAUGGAGAGGAGGUGAAAUACAAUGAUAGGAUGCUACUUCAGCCUGAUGACUCCUUGCAGAUUCUAGCACCCGUGGAAGCUGAUGUGGGUUUCUAUGCUUGCAACGCAUCUAAUGCUCUGGGAUCUGACUCUGUGUCCAUUGCUGUCACUCUAGCAGGAAAGCCACUGAUAAAGGCAUCAAGAACUACUGUGAUCAACACUGAAUUGCCUACUGUCACUGCUGAUAUUGGAAGCACAGUGAAAACAAUCCAGAGAACAAAUGUUACCAUUAGCUGCCAGGUUGCAGGUGUUCCUGAAGCGGAAGUUACUUGGUUUAAAAAUAAGGUCAAGCUGUCCCCUGCUCACCACCUGCACGACGGCUUGCUGCUAAUUGCAAAUGUUUCUCUGUCGGAUCAGGGGUUAUAUUCCUGCAGGGCAGCCAAUCUACGUGGGGAGGUAACUGAAAGCUCCCAGCUGUUGGUUCUUGAGCCUCCACGACCCCUUCCUUACCUAGAAAAUUUGACAGCAGUGCUUUCCAGCAUUGGGACCAACCUUCCUUCAGUGUUGACCUCUCCUUCAGGAACAAAAAUGACUAUCAGUCCAGGGAGCUCUGCUCUAAUAGGUUGUGCUGUGGAUGGCCAUCCAACUCCAAAUAUCACCUGGCUUUACUCUGGAAAGCCUCUCAGUCUGAGGCAUCGCUUCCUAGCAGCAGGACAAAUUCUUCAGAUACUCAACAUCAGUGAUGCUCCUGAAGGAGAAUUCAGCUGUCUUGCUCAGAAUGAGGCUGGUUCACUCUUACAAAAAACUUCCCUGGAAAUACAAGACUACCAGUGGUCAGUGGACAAGCUGAUGGCUUGUUCUGCUUCCUGUGGCCACAAAGGAGUGCAGGUGCCCCAACUGAGGUGCUUACUGGAUGGGACUGAAGUCAAUAUAUCCAAUUGCAAAGAGAAGCCCAAGCCAACCCUGCAGCCCAUCGCAUGCAAUAGGAGAGACUGCCCUUCACGGUGGAUGGUAACAUCAUGGUCUCCAUGUACACGGAGCUGCGGUGGAGGAAUCCAAAUGCGACGAGUGACAUGCCAACGACUGACAGCAAAAGGCAGCUCUGUCCCAAUGUCGAAUGAAACCUGUGCUCAAGCAUCCAAGCGCCCAGUGGAUACACAGAAUUGUAACAGGCAACUCUGUGUUGAGUGGGUGGCCUCCUCCUGGGGCCAGUGUAAUGGGCCUUGCAUUGGGUCACGACUCGCUGUACAACAUAGACAGAUAUUUUGCCAGACAAAAGAUGGGACUUCUGUGUCAUCUGAUCAGUGCAGUGCCUUACCGAGGCCUUUGAGCACUCAGAACUGCUGGACUGACAUCUGUGGCGUGCAUUGGAGGGUCAGCUUGUGGACAGUGUGUACAGCUACCUGUGGAAACUAUGGCUUCCAGUCCCGGCGUGUGGACUGCGUGCACAUCCGUACCAACAAACCCGUGCUCGAGCACUACUGCUCCUGGAGACCACGGCCAGUCAACUGGCAACGCUGCAACAUCACGCCCUGUGAGAACAUGGAGUGCAGAGACACCACAAGGUACUGUGAGAAAGUGAAGCAGCUCAAACUCUGCCAGCUCACCCAGUUCAAAUCACGCUGCUGUGGGACUUGUGGAAAAGCUUGAAGGCGAAUGCGAUGAAAAUGGAGGAACAAGGGGAUCUCAGCUUUUGCUUCACUGAGGCAAAGACUUCUACAGAAAAUAUAAACGGAAUGGAAUUCUUUUUUUUUUUUUCAUUUUAUUUAUUUAUUUCCCUUUAAAAAGGAAAAAAGAGAAGAAAAAAUGGAAAAAGAAAACCCUUUACCAAGUUGUUGUUGUAAAGGGACUUGACAAAUUUUCCCUUUUAGAUAUCUGGGAGACAGAAUGCAGCAAAACAUGGUCAUGGAGGGUAGGUCACAAAGAUUCAAUGAAUCCCAUGCCACCAGGCCUGAGAGGAAUGGGGCUGCCCCAUAGUCCAUAUACACAUUUGGGAAUACACCAUCAGACAAAUGGAGAAGUGGAUCAAAAUCAAAAUGUAGCAUCACAUUCAACCACCAAAUCAAACAAAUCAAACAGUCUGAUACAUGGUGGGGCAAACAAAACAAAGACUAGACAUUCAUCAGUGCAGUAUACAGACCCUAUGUUUGUCUUAGACUGAUUUGGGUAUAUAAACACAUGAUACUGCUUUAUAAGUCUAUCAGUUACAUCCAACAUUUCUUUUUUCCUUUCUAUAUCCUUCUCAUCACAGGCCUUCAAAUGAUAUCAGUGGAAGAUCUUGUUAAUCUUGAGAAUCAAGUCUGGGUCUGAGAAAGUUGAGCAAUGUUGUGUAAUGUGAGUGAGUCUAGAAGACAUUUGAAAAUGUUCACAGGUUGCGUUUGUGUGAGAGGGUUGGAGCUAAGAGUGUCAGCAUAAAGGUGAUUAUGUCAGCUAUUAUCUAGGAGAAAGAAAGAAAGAAAGUAUAAUCUGCUACAGGCAGGCUAUAACUCAAACCUGCAAAUGCUGUCCUGUACAGAACACAGGCAGGUAAGAUGUGGAAAUGAGAGCUGCUUCGCAUCCUAAUUCCUACUAAUGGAAUAGAUAGGAGUACCAGUACCCAGAGUUAAGGUGCUUUUAUAGGUGGCAUUUUGAUAAGAAAUUUGAGGAACUGGGUUUUUCUUUUCUGCUUAAAUGGAUUUUUUCUGUCCUGAGGCCAAUCCUUUCAGAAAAGUAGUAGAUAUUUUCUGAUAGUGCUGGCUGUUCCUACUCAGUAGGACCAGAAUAGAUUCAGCAUCAGCCCCAGAGGACUAACGCUAAGAAAAUUUUUAAAAUUUGCUCCUCUAUGUCUGUGUUACGCAACAAAAUGGGUGCUGUAAAGCUGCACAUUUUCAAACCCAGGUACUACACCCUAAAGAGAUUUUCUAAAAAGUGAGCCUCAAGCAUCACAUAUUACAUGCUGUCAAUGAAUCUUUCUCCAUGGUCAGUUGCAGUGGUUAUUCAUCCAGUGAAGCGCUUCAUCAUUUUAGUUCCUGGACAAUCCCUUCUCUACUCUGAAUAGAGCCUUAAAAUUAGAAGAGAUUUGCAAGGGAGGGAGUUUGAGCAUCAUAAGAAAUUUAAAGGAGAUCUGUCUGGAUUUGAGGUCUUGGUUCAAGACCAUUUCUAAAUUAAAGGCUUGGUUGUGCCUCAUCCCCUGUGGGGCUCAGGCCUUGUGGUGCAUUAUUGAAAUGCUGUUCAAGUGCUGCUGUGUUACAGCUUCCAUGAUGUGGCUUUUUCAGCAAAACUGAGAGUCCACUUCUCAGGUCAGUGUCAUGUUCAAGACACUGACCUGUCUCUGGUUGCUUCGGAACACAUAUGUCAGUGGUAGCUCUCACUACAAAUGGGUCUUCAAGAAAUAGUGUUGCUAAGCUUCAGUUUAACUUUUUAUUUAAAAAAAGAAGAAUGUCUUUCUAUGUAUGUAAAUGUAUAUCUUUUCUGUAUAUUUAUUAGGAUUUCUUGUAUAAAAAGUGCAAUAUUAAUAAUUGUACAUUAUUUUGUCCAGAUAAAACUAUUUGUUUGGGUUUUUUUAAAUUCCCCCAGAAUUUUGUUCCUCUAAAAUCAAUGGUAAUAGAGAAAUUCUCACUUGCUUUUAAUUGAGGAUCUGCUUCACUGUGCACAGAGUGCUUUCUAAAAUAUGAUGCGAGGGAAAGAUGAUAUUUUUAACUUGUGAAUUGAUAGUUAUGCAUGGAAUGAAGGACAAUUCCUUAAUACUAAUAAUAACAAUAAUAACAAGAAGAACAAUAAGAAUGUGGUGGAUAUUUCUAAUACAGUAGUUAACAAAAACGAGCACAGGGAAGUACUGACAUUUGUUUGACUGCAAAGCAUAUUUAUAUUCAUGUUGAAUAGCAGCUGUGUAACUGUGCCCAGGAUAAACAAGGUGAUUAGGUCCGGAGGAGCAGUUGUGCCAUCUCUGCACAAUGUGAAUUUAAUUUCAUAUAUUUGUUCCGCAAAUUGUGACUUGGCAGCAUCUCAAUAAUAUAAGAUGUCUGGAUAUUUUACAAAAGGAAUUUUCUUUCUCUAACAAGAAAGCAAACCAGCAAAUUUGUAUUUAUAUAAUUUUGUACAGGUAAUGCAGGUUACUUACUUAACUACUGCUGUCUGAUGUGCUGUUAAUAUUAUUAAGUUUAAAAACAAAAGCCAAACAAGGAGCAUGCUGUCCUUAUUCUGUAUUAUAGUGGUAGCAAACAGCUGUUACAUUAAAUACAUGUGAUCACCAUCACCCUCUUUCCCCACAGCAGGAGCUACCCUGUCAUUUCUUUUAAAAGUCUCCAGACAUUAACAUUCUGCACCUAGUCUUGGAGAACUUUUUAAAUUCUUCAUCACCCUUGCUUUACUCUUUUCCACCUCUACAGCUCUUCUAGGAGUAGAUGGCCUUCGCUGGUCCUAGGUUCAUGGAAAUCAGUACAAGUGAUUUUUCAUACACAGAAACUCUCAAAGACAUUGUGUAACUCUCUUCAGUAAUCUCUGGAGUGAAGCAACACCCACAACCUAAUAUUCAGUCUUGUCUUAUAGAUCUCUGCUGCCUUCAGUAACAGAGCUUACAACUCCUUGAAGCAUCAGGAAUACAUUUAGAAGAAAACCUAGUCAUGAUCAAAAUUACUGUGGGCAUUAGGGAGGGUGAGAAUGGGAAUAAAGCAAAGACAUUUUCUCUUAAAAAGACAAACACAAGUUUUGAAAACUAAAUCUUCUGUCUCCAUUAACUUUGUAAUGUAUCUUCUAAAAAGGAACAGUGAUUUUGUUUUGAUUUACUGAGAAUUUACCCAAUAUGAUGUUCCUAGCUGUACUUUUAAGACACCUGCACUGCAAGAAAAUAAUAUCUCACCGAAGCACACAUACAGUUUUAGGACAAAGACAAGCCAUGAGACUUCCAAGUGACAGAACUGAAUGUAAUGGGAAUUUGUAAUGGGAAUUGGUCAUUCAUUUUGAGUAAAGCAAGUAGAAAAGCUGGUGUUGAUGUAAAAUGAAAAGCAGACCAGUUUAGAUUCUCCAGAGAACAAUUAUUCCCUUUUUAUACACAUGGCUCUUGUUACCAGUCAAGUCAGAAUGCUUUCAGAACCUUCAAAGCAAGCUUCCAGUUUUGUUCUCCCUACUAAUUUUCACUGAGAAAGAAAAACAGUUAUGCAACAAGCAGAGAAAUGGCAGUGCUGAAAGGUUCCCGACAGGAGACUUAUCCCAGCCUCCUGUUCUGUGGAAAAGUAAGCACAUCUAAGCUACUCCUUUAAAGCCACAGAAGCCAUGGGGAGAGCUUUCUGAAGAAAUCUUGGAAUGUUUUUUCCUACUAUCUUCUAUCUUGUAGGGUUGAACUUAUUGGUUCAGCUUCUUUCAGAAUUUUGAUUCUCUAGCCUUCCCUUCCCAUUGCUUUAGCUAGUUUAUCUGCACCCUCUCUCAUUUUUGGUUCUUGUAAUCGGGCACUCACUCCAAUGUAUAAGUAGCACCAAUAGCUGGAAAAUAGUCUUGAAUGAUUUGCACGUAUACUUCAUAUCGAGGCUUCUGCUUGCAAUCGCUUCACAUUUUGGCUUGUCCACUUCAUAGCCCAGUAUUGCUGCUGGCAUACCUAUAUUAGCAAGAAUAGAACCCUGAUUUUUGCCACUGGAAAUACUAUUAUAUCAUCAGUGUGGUAUAACUCACAGAGCUCUUCAGUGUGUUAUUUCAGCUUUUAAGUACUAUAUGUAGGAGAGGAAGUAUAAAGGUUUCUGUGACAUUAACGUUUGAAAUAGCUACUACAACUUGUCAACUUCUUUUUAGAGACACUGGCUUAGUUAGUGAAAUACAGAUUACUGAAUCAUGAUGUGCUCUAAGAAUGACAUGUGUCAACAUUAUUACUGAUUUCUAUCUACUGUUUCCAUCUCAUUCUCUUUCCAAGUUAUCCUGUUAAAGAUAAAGGUAAUGAUCACCGUACUAUCUGUUCUGUACCCAAACACUGAUUCAUAAAUAAAUUUGUUUCUGUA